UACAAAAGGAAAAAUAAACUCGGAAUAUUUCUCCUCUCUCUCUCUCCCAGGAGUCGGAGGACAGAAACCAGGAGGCGACGGGGGCGGGGACGCGACGCGGCUCCACACUCUUCCGCACGAAUCACCGCUCUCCUCUAGGUUCGAUGCGUUGCUGCUGCGGGAGCAGCGGCUGAGCUUGGGGCUUGCUAGGGUUUGCUCCGACUCGAUCUUCAGCGGGGGUCGGGGGAGCACUUCGUCUGCUUGGGCAGCUGGAGCAAUAAGGGACACCCGGAUGACUGGGGCAGACCUGGCACCAGUAAUGGAGUUGAAGGCUGUGGCAAAUGGAGGAACAUCCACUGACGUUGUUGCUUCUGAUAAGAAGGAUAAUACCAAGAUGGAAGAGGCUGGCGAGAGCAAGGAUGUUGCAGUAGCGAAUACCAAUGCCAACCAACAGAAUAAAGCCUCAGAAAAUGGCGCUAAGGGCUCAUCUGAUGAUGAUGCCAAGAUGGAGGAGGCUGAAGAUGCAAAGGAAGAUGAUGUGGGUGCUGUGAAGCAGGCAGGUACAGAGGAUGCCAAAUUGGGUGACAAUGCGGAUGCCAAGGAAGGUAAUGGCCCCAAUGCAGCAGAACAUGAGGAUUCCAAAACAGCUUCUAUUGAGGAUGUAGUUGCAAAGGAAGAUGACAACACCAAGUCAGCAGAACACAAGGACUACAAAAUGGUUAUUGUAGAGGAUGCAGAUGCAAAGGAAGAUGACAAAGCCGCCAAGGCAGCAGAACAUGAGGAUUCCGAAACGGCUGGUAUCGAGGAUGUGGUUGCAAUGGAAGAUGACAACACCAAGUCAGCAGAAUACAAGGACUCCAAAAUGAUUAUUGUAGAGGAUGCAAAUGCAAAUGAAGAUGACAAAGCCAAGGUAGCAGAACACGAGGAUUCCAAAGCGUCUGGUAUUGAAUAUACAGUUGCAAAGGAAGAUGCCAACACCAAGUCAGCAGAACACAAGGACUCCAAAAUGGUUAUUGUAGAGGAUGCAGAUGCAAAGGAAGAUGACAAAGCCAAAGCAGCAGAACACGAUGAUCACAGAACAGGUGGUGUGGCAGCAGAACGCAAGGAUCACAGAACAGGUGGUGUGGAGGAUGCAGAUGCAAAUGAAGACAUUGGCGCCAAGGAUGAAGAGUGCAAGGAUGGCAACAUGAAUACUGUAGAUAAUGCAGAUGUAAAGGAAGAUGAAGAUGCCAAUGCAGCAGAACAUGAAGAUGCCAAAAUGGUUGAUGUGGAUGAUGCAAAUGCAAAGGAAGAUUAUGGCACCAAGGUAGCAGAACAUGAGGAUGUCAAAAUGGGUGCCGUGGAGGAUAUUGAUGCAAAGGAAGAUAACAACACCAAGGCAGCAGAACAUCAGGAUAUCAUAAUGGGUGUGGUAGAGCAUGCAGAUGUAAAAGAAGAUAACAGUUCUAAUGUAGCAGAAUGCGUGGAUGUCAAGAUGGUGGAGGCUGAGACCAAGCCAGGAGAUGCAGAGCUCGAAGACAAAGGGCACAAGGAAGAAAUGGAUGUGAACACAGAGGUCAAGAAGGGACCGAAAGAUGCAGAACAAUGUGGUUCCGAGAUGCAUGAUGAAUUGAAUGGGCAAGGAAAGAAUGGAGCGGCUCGGCAGCAAGAAAAUAAAGCUGAAGAAAUGAGUGAUGAUGAUAGUCAAGGGGAAGAGGAAGUAGAAGAAAAGGGCCCUUCAGAUAAGAAAGAGGAAGGAGGGGAUGGUAAGGCAAACGAGAAUGAAGAAAAGCUAGAAAAAGAAUGUGCGAACAAGGAAGGAAAAGAUGGCAAGGUAACAGAAGAGGAGGUCAGCGAGGCAGAUAAGAAUGUGGAAGAGAAUAAGGAGGAAACACCUAAGAACAAGAGGGCAAGGAGUUCUAGGGAUAGACGCCAGGGACAGGACAAGAAACAGCAUGAGUCCAAAUCCAGGGAAGCCAAAAGUUUACUAAACACUCCCAGCCCUUAUGGUAUUGAUCGCCCUCAACGUGAGAGGAAAAUUGUAGAGAGGUUGGUUGAAGUGAUUGAUAAGGAGCCAAACAGGAGCUUCGUAGUUGAGAAGGGUCGUGGCACUCCUUUAAAGGAUAUACCAAGUGUGGCACAGAGGUUAACGAGGAAGAAACCUGCUGAUCUUAAAUUUCUUCACAAUGUUCUUUUUGGGAGGAAAGGCAAGACUGUCGAUUUUAAAGGCCAUAUACUUCAGUUCUCUGGAUUUGUGUGGCAUGAGAGCGAUGAAAAGCAGAGAGCCAAGGCAAAGGAGAAGCUUGACAAGUGUAUGAAAGACAUGCUGGUGGAUCUCUGUUGGCUUCUUGCUAUUCCGGUUCCCAAAACAAACAUCAGAAAGGAAGAUAUCGUGGCAAAGCUGUUGGACUUCAUUGCUGAACCUCAUGCUAUGCCUGAUUCUGGCCUCUCUGAUGACCAGGGGUCAAAUUCUAGGAAACGCAAGAGAGGAGGUGGUAGUUCAAGCAAGACUUCGGAUAUCACUCCCAAGAGGUCCAAGAAGAAAUUUGCUGACGACAUAUCUCCAAGGCGAAAGCAAGCUCUGGAGUAUGAUACGGAUGAAGAUGUGAAGUCUGAUAGCGAGGAAGAUGCAGAUGAAUCUCAUGAUGAGCAGGAAGAUGGCUAUGACUCUGCCGAAGAAAAGGCAAGUAGGAAGUCCUCGGAAGUGAAAUAUUCUGCAGGUAGAAAGAAGGCUGCUGCUGGGAGCACCCAUAGGACAAGUCCGCCAAGGACAGCAAGCAAGACUGCGGGCAAAACAUCACCAUCCAAAGGUUCCAAGGAAAAGGAGAGCCCUGAUGAAAGUGCAAAGGUCUUCUCUAGGAAGAAGAAACCCAUCAUAUCAAAGCAUACUCCAAGCUCUGAAAAGGUGAUAGAAGAAAAUAAGUCAUCAGGUAAAGAGGCAAUGAAGAGCAAAGGCGAAUCAGCAGAAGGGGGUCUGCCCAGUAAGGCUGAGUUGAAGAAGACCAUUAUCGGAAUCCUUAAAAAAGUUGACUUCAACACGUCUACUUUUAGCGACAUUCUUAAGAAGCUCGAUGACCAUUACAAGAUUGAUCUGACCGCAAGAAAAGGAGCUAUCAAAAUUAUGAUUCAAGAAGAGCUGACAAAGUUAUCGGAGCAGGAAGACGAUGAUCAAGACAAAAAUGCAGAUGCCAAGAAGAAACAGUCACGGCAUCGAGCAAAGGUCACCGGCUGAAGCAUUGUGAAACACCAUAGCAUUAGCGCCCAGUGUUGAUUAUUUUGUACUUAACGCCCACUUCACUUUUGCCUUGGUGGGUUCUUGGGCAGUCCUAUGUUAAUUAUGGUUCCUAUGUUUGCAAACACCAAAAUCCUGGCCCUGUUUGUGUAUGUGAAAACAUAACCUGUAGGCAGCUCCGUACUGGGAGGCACUUCUAGCUAACAUUUGUUUGUAGAUUUGCAUAUGCUUUCCAAAACUCUCAAAUGGUUGUAGCAGAGCAUGUUGGAUGGUGUGGUCAUAGGUUUGAAUAGAAUAUGGACAUACUCGGAUUUC